AUGGCGGUGGAAAAUUCUGGAUUGAUGACGGAUGAUGAACCGUCACAAAUUGUGUCGACCACGAAAGGCAAGAAAGGUCGUGCAUCCGCCAGGGGCAAGCGUAAUACUUCAAAUGUGAGUGCUGUGCAAGCUACAGCAGCCGUGCCAAACGAUGAAGAACUCGACGCAGCGUUAGCGGCAGACUUGGAGAGACCAUUGAGCGAUGAGGAACCAGAGCCUGUUUUGUCUUCUAAGAAACCCGGCCUGGAGGAAUCAUCGAGGCCAGAUCAUCAUAUGUUUGGAGUUCAACCAGCAGAUGUCGAUGAGGCAGCAAUUGAGGCAGAACUUGAAGCCAUGGAAAUGGAAAGUAAACCAUUACCUAAAGCAAGGGCAACAAAAGCGAAGCAACCCCGAAAGGUAUCCGCUAAGCAACAAGCAGCAGCUAAAAAGGCUGCUGAAGCACAAGCUAGAGCGGAAGCAGAAGCGGAGGCUCUGGCUGAGGCUGAGGCCGAAGCUCAGAAUACUGCAGUAGAUGAGGCAUCUCUCCAAGUUGCUGCUGAGUUGGAACAGAGCAUAUCUCUUCAGCAUUCAUCGCCGGUGAUACAGGCGAAGAAGCAGCGCUCAUCAAGUCGCCAGCCCGCGAAGAAGGCUCUUGGAAGGGCGACGAGGGGUUCAACGAUGCUAGCUAAUGAGACACAUGUCGAAGUCCAAUCACAAGAAGAUGAACCUCUCGAGGAGUCCGAUGAAAGUAUUGCUAGCCAGUCUACCGUUGUCAGAGGGGGCAGAAAUCCAAAAUCCAGUGGCGCGAAGACUGUGAAAGGCAGUAAAAAGUCUGCGGCCCAUGAGCCUGAGGUGAUCGUGGACGAAGCAUCGCCCAAAGCCAUCAGUGUCGAACCAGAGAAUUCUCAGAAUGCGAGAAGUCUUGCUGUUGAAGAUAGAAGCAUAACAGAGGACGCUUUCUUCACGCCAGCGCCCGAUGGAUUUCAGGACGAAUUCAUCGAGUCGACGCCCAAAGUCACUGCUGUUCAACAUGAGGAAGGUCACACAUUUGAGCACAUGGAGUCGCCGACUAUUGCAGAAGACAUCCCGGCGCCUGUACCUGCGAAAAACAAGGGAAAAGGGAAGGCUAAGGCAGUUGUGAAAUCACCGAGGAGUGCCACCCCACCUCCUCCCGCAGACAGUACACCCUCUCAGUCACCGCAAUCAUCUGAUGCUGAGAAUCACCCGCCCUCAUCGAAGCCUUCUGCUGCACCAAGGAUGGUAGCCACACCCUCGACCGCGAGAAGGCUCCCUCUAGGCACAAUGACGCCAGUGAUGUCUCCUUCCAAACGAAAUAUUAUUGCUGGCCUUCAGUCCUCGCACCCAUGGACGAAUGUAGAUCUUGACUCUGUUUUCACUCAAUCGCCCGGCGGGAAGAACCUGAUGAUUGACACAGAAGCCAUAUUUGGAAAAACCAAGGGCAAAAAUGAUGGCCUCACUUGUCCUGAAAAGCAGAUGACUGUGGAAGAAUGGAUUCAACAUAAUGCACAAACGGCUGAAGGAAGACUAAAAACAGAAUGUGAGAGAAUGGUUUCGACUUUCGAAAGUCAAGGGACGAGGGCGAUGAUGGCGCUUGAAGGGCUUGAGUGCUCGGAGUAG